AUGUCUGAUUUGCAGUUGGAUAUACUGCAAAAAUUGAAUGAACUGGGAACCAUCAAUUCAACGCUUGAGGUUUUUCCAAACAUUAACCCACAAGUAAUUUUAUCGUCUCUCAACUCAUUGAAAGCACACGGGAAGCUCGAAUAUACCAAAGAGGACAAAACUUACUAUACGCUAACAAAUGAAGGUGACGAAAUAGUGGCUAAGGGAUCACACGAGAUCAGACUUUUGCAGUUGGUCGACAAGUUCACCAAGUUGCAAAUCAAGGAUGUGGCCACUCACAUGGGUGCAGAUGGCAAAAUUGGACAGGCUAAAGCAUUCAAGAAUGGCUGGAUUUCUAAAAACAAGGAUAAUGAACUAACUAUCAGCGACAAGAUUUCAUCGGUAAGAGAUGUUGCGGAUGAAACCAAGGACACUCUUCUGAACAUCAGAGAAGGCAAGCUUCAAUCCGUUAACGACAAAACGCUCAACGACCUCAAGAAGCGGAAGCUUAUUGUAGCCAAGAAAGACACCACUUUCCAGGUCACUAAAGGUGCUGAUUUUUCAACUGAGCUGACCAAGUUGGAAACCGAUUUAACUGCUGAGAUGGUUGCUACUGGCACUUACAAGGACCUAAAGUUUAAACCUUACAAUUUCAACGCGGAAGGGAUCAUGCCUGAGUCUGGCGCCCUCCAUCCUCUGACCAAGGUGCGCGAAGAAUUCAGACAAAUUUUCUUCUCUAUGGGAUUCACCGAGAUGCCUUCUAACCAGUAUGUGGAUACGGGGUUCUGGAACUUUGACGCCCUUUUCGUCCCUCAACAGCACCCAGCCCGUGAUCUGCAGGAUACAUUUUAUUUGAAAGACCCUGUCCAAAGCGGUUUACCAGACGACAAUUCAUAUUUGGAAAAUAUCAAGGCAGUUCACGAACAAGGAAAAUAUGAUUCAAUUGGCUAUCGUUACAAUUGGAAGCCAGAAGAGUCUCAGAAAUUGGUUUUGAGAACCCACACCACAGCAAUCUCCGCCGCCAUGCUAAAAAAAUUGGCAGAAGACCCUAAGCCUACCAGAUUGUUCUCCAUCGACAGAGUGUUCCGUAAUGAAGCCGUGGACGCUACUCACUUGGCGGAAUUUUACCAGGUGGAAGGUGUCUUGGCAGACUAUGACAUUACUCUUGGUGAUUUAAUCCAAUUCAUGGAGGGGUUCUUUGAGAAGAUGGGUGUUACUGGUUUGCGUUUCAAACCUACUUACAAUCCGUAUACCGAACCAUCGAUGGAGAUUUUUUCGUGGCAUGAAGGACUAGGAAAGUGGGUGGAAAUCGGUAAUUCAGGUAUGUUCAGGCCUGAGAUGUUGGAACCCAUGGGUCUACCAUCCAAUAUGAGAGUUCUGGGUUGGGGUCUAUCGUUGGAAAGACCAACGAUGAUCAAGUACGGCGUGCAGAACAUUAGAGAGCUUUUGGGUCACAAGGUGUCGCUCGAUUUUAUCGAAACCAAUCCAGCCGCCAGACUGGAUGAGGAUUUGUACGAGUAA